AUGGAUGAGAUAGACUACUAUGAUGAAGAAAUUAGAAUGCUUGAAGAAGAGCUGGAAGAUGAGUUAAAUGAAGAGUAUUGAAGUGAUGAAGAUGAGGAAGAAGCGGAUGAAGGAGACGCAGAAGAACUGCUAAUUGAGGAAAUUAGGUUCUGAGCAGCUAAGCAAAAGGGAGAAGUGCUGGAUAAUUGGGAGCCAAUAUUGGCCGCUCAUUCAGCCCGAUCAAUUGAAAUCGAAAUUGGGGUAGCAAGAUCAGGGGUAGCAAAGGAAGCAACGGAAGAGGCACUAAUGGAAGAACUAAACCAAAAACCAACCCAAAAACCAAUCCAAAAACUAGCCCAAAAACCAACCCAAAAAUCAACCCAAAAGCCAAACAAAAAAUAA